UUUGGUACAUUGUGAUAUGUGAGCAUCAUGUUAAGAUGCGCUUAUCUGUGGAUGACAGUAGCGACUUGUCAUUCGUGGUAUCGUCAUACAGUGCCAAAUGCACAUCUGCAAAGACUCUAUCAUCUCGUUUGAAGAAUCUUCUGACACCAUGUAAAGAAUCAUCUGAUUUACGAUCUCUGUUGGACUAUUUUUUGCCGUAUGCCAUCGACAGAAAAUUGAAAGCUCUUCAUCGCAAGAUUGAAUCUCUUUCGAAAUAUGGAAAUAGGGAUUCUAUAUUAAGUGUAUCAUGGUUGGAAAAUCGUACCCGAGUUCCAUAUGAUGAUAACGAUGACAACGAUGAUGAAAUAUGCACCUCCCGUGAGGAUUUUCCUGAUAUUGCCCAUCAGGCAGAUGAAGGGUAUAAUCGGGAUAUUGUGCCUGAAAUGUCUGACAACCGGCCAGCAUUCGAUAUUCUUUCAAACGCUUUGUCUGAUAGAUUUGUGAAUCGUCAUAUCGGUAUUUCAAAUGUGAGUUCCGGUCGUCAAUCGAUCCAUCGCACUCGUAGCGAAAUUCUGGUUAGGAGAAUGCCUCGAAAUUUGGGUAGUUUCCAAAGUGUUGAUAAUACGAUUGUUUCAUCAUCAUUGUCGAAUCGUGGGUCAUUUGUCAAUUCAAACGGUUAUAAGUCAUCAGAAUUGUCUUAUAAGAGUAGUAGCCGUAAUUCGUUUACUCAUUCGGAUUCAUUCGAAGUCGAAAAGACAAGGUCUGAUAUAUCGGGUAUUCAGAUGCUUGGGCAGCUGUGUACUCCGGAUUUUAUCGCAAGAGGCUGUACCUCGAAGAAUUUGAGCACGUUGAACGUUGAGCUGGCUGAUGUUAGCCGUGUUUCUAGUAUCUCGAGAAUUCCAUUAUGUAUUGACAUAUCUGAAGCCGACAGGGCAAUGUAUGCAUCAUUAUGUCGUAUUCUUCGAGGUAUGUUGCUGUUCGUGGACGAGUCUGUUAAUCAUGAGCUACACUGGUUAGAUACGUUUGACAAAACUAUUGAGGAAGUUGUUUCGUUACUAGAACAAAUUGUGUCUGAUGGUACCGUUAUGAUGAAAUCUUUGAAAGAUAUGUUGAAAAACUACUCAUCAACGUACACUGCAUCUGUAACGGCUUAUGAGAAGGCCUUAUAUCGUUUUCAAAAGUUUGAAAAGUCGUUAGAGUUGGCUCUUAAUUCUCGAGCUUCGGGUUCAUCGGUGUCGUGUGACGCUGUCAAUUGUGAAUACAGCGAAUGUUCCAGCGGGAAUUCUGAGUUUCUGCUUAACCGUGAGUCUAAUAGGGGUGCCAUGAGUAGACUUCUCGACAAUCCCAAAGAUUUUAUACGCUAUACGAAUUAUAUCGAACAGAUGUGUCUUUCUCAUCAGAUGUACGAUAACUGGGAAAAGAAUCGUGAUUAUUGCGCCAGGGGGUAUACGGAGAUUCUAACAACAUAUGCCGAACACUACCCUAAAAAUGUUCAUGGAAUUGAGGUUGAAUGCUUUGAGAUGUUGUCUAGACUUCCAAGCGUCUUAUUAGCAAACAUUUCGUAUAAGUCUAAAAUACUAGCGUCAUGCCUCUACUAUCUGUCUAAAUUUGAACAUGAAGGAGUUAUUGAACUGCAUUAUAGUGUAAACCUAGAAUCGUCAAAUCUAAAAGAUCGUUUACAAACAUCGGUUGUUGACUGUUUUGAAUGUAUGCGCGCAUUGUCAAAAAAGAUGGCUCAGCUGCAUUACUCCCAAAUGGAUCGUUAUUCUCGUUUUUCAACACGAUACCCUAUUAAACUUUGUGAUGUCGAGAUAAAUGCGCUUCUAAAGCCUUACUACAAAUACAACAAGCAUAUGUACACCAUAUGGUGGUCUAUUUAUAGUACCAUUGCAACCGUCUUUCCUAAGAGCGUUGCCGCUUCUCGUAAGGUAAGAGGAACUGUUAACCCCGUUAUGGGUGUUUUCGUCGAGAUUAAAAUGCCUAGCGGCUUCUUGCAAUCCAUAUUAAAGCAUUUUGAAGAUCUUCUAGAAGCCAGUAGUACUGAUGUUCUAACAUUGUGUUCCUCAUCAAUAUCCACCUGUGCCAGCGUGAUGAAUUGGUUCGAUUUCGUGGGCUCACUCGCUAGAGAGAAUAAGCUAAACCCUGAUCAACUUAUUGGAGCAUUUCAAAGUCUUCAACGGACUAUAUCGGAAUUUGACAGUAACAGUGCUUCAGUGGAGAUGUUCGACGCCGAUACUUUAAACAAGACCAACCCUGAAGAUGCUCACCCUCUGGUCAAUUUAGUUGCCAGCGUAGAUGUGUGCGUCCCAAGUUCUACUAUGACUACAAUGCUCUCUUCAAUAGAAUUCAUGGCAGAGUCCCUGGUUGAUUAUGAGGAGAGUGAUCAUAAUUUCCGCUUCAGUUGUGGUGAGAAACUUCACAUCCUGUAUUCUGGAAACACACCACUGUGGUAUGGUCAUACUAUUUCUGGUAUCAAUAGAUGGUUUCCUGCCAAGUACGUCCGUCCGCUACACGAUAUUGGUAUAUCUUUAUUCCGUAGAGCUGAUCUUGAAUCGUAUACGUCUCUCGACUGUCAUCGUAUCGGCGACGGUGAUACAACGAAUGUCGGGGUAAAUGGACGUACUGGCAAUAUAACUCUUACAUCUAAGUCUACCCUUAAACAAGCAUUGAUGUUGUCGAAGUUAGGUUUGGAUGGAAGGGUCGUUCACGAAUUUAAGUGUUCGCUAUGCCGUAAAAUCAUACUUCGUGGCACACUGUAUCUUACUGAAACUCAUCUAGGAUUCAUAUCAAGUUUUAACGAUGCCACUUUAUUCGGACCUCAGACCACAGUGACUGUACCUAUGGAGGAUAUCGCUUCAUGUCAUUUGACAUCAUCUAAAACGCUGUCAUUUUACGUUCGUGUUGUAUUGCGUUCUGGCGAAGAACACACAUUUUACUCUGUAAGGCAUGCUCGGAAGAUUCGUGACGCCGUUGCGGAAAUGGCGCAACUGGAUGUGAAUCCACGGGAAGACAGUGCUACUCCUAACGUUGUAAUAGGUUCCAUUAAUAUGUCAGUGGAGUUACGUGACAGUUUUGGUAUAAUGGAACCUUUAUCCAAAUCACUACCUCCGGUAACGCUGCAUAUCUCAUUGAAGGAUUACUUUAACUCGUGCCUAAGUGAUAAUGUAAACCCAGGUAGUAGACUGGCUGACACCCGUCUACAACAGAACGCUUUCGAUUUUAGAGGUGAUCUUGAGCCUGUAGUGUUUGAUUGGUCCCAGGAUGGCGUAUUCGUUCAACAUCGUCAAAUUACGUACAGCUUUAGGCUAAAGGAGGGAAAAUACUCCUCGUUGCUCACGCGACACGUUUGCGGUAAAGCCCGCGAGGAGUUAAAGUAUGCGCUGGUUGAUCGUACACAUUUGAUAUAUGAGAGUGCGAAUUACACAUCGGAUAUACCUUAUUCGAACUACUUCUAUACUCUAAUGCGUAUCACUGCUACAUCCGUGUCUCCGGAAUCAACCGUUGUUAAAGCUGAGUAUGAUGUGAAGUUCACAAAAAGCACGCUUUUAUCAUCUGUAAUCAGCAAUGAGGCAUCUGAGAGGCUCGCUUCCUCGGCGUCAAUGCUUCUGUACCCAUCUAAUGUUGAUACAGAUCCUACGGAGUCAGAUUCACUGAAGCACUCCGCCAAAAGUGGCUCAUAUCAGUCAACUGUCGCAACGGGAGCUAGUCGUACAAUGCAGUCAUUCACGUGGUUGUGCAUCGCUUUUCUUCUUAUAUACACCGGUCUACUAUCUGGUUGGCGAUAACAAGUUAUUAAUAUAACAUGCAACCUUAUUUAUAUUAUGCAAUU